ACUCUCGCGUUUCAGGUAGGACGCACCUGCAACUUCGUGAAGACAUGGGAACUGUGCAUGCAAAGGAGCCAGAGUGGACUGGCAGCAUGCAGGACAGCCAGCCAGGCACUGAGAGGGAGCUUUCCUUUGAAAAGAUACCGGUGAAAGUGUGUCGCAUUGUCGUUGAUGGCCUUGGCAGAACCAAAAAUGACAUCAUUGUCAACGAAGUGCAGCCAAUAUUUGAGGCAAACAACUUCCAGGAUAUGGUAAGAAUAAGCCAUGAUGUCAAGACCAGAUUUGAACGACUGGGCCUCUUCAAGAACAUUUCAAUUUCUAUCGACACAUGUAAAGAUGUGAAGAAAGUUGGUUAUGAAGUUACAUUUGGUGUGCAUGAACUGCGCCCUGUGUCCGGGGGCAUCAACACUCUCAUUGGCUACAACGAUGCAAGUCUGUUGUUUGGGCUGCGUCUUCCUAACCUGUUCGGUCGGGGUGAGCGUGUCCAGGGCGAUUAUACACACGGAACCAAGCAGUCACGUGGAUACCAUCUCACCUUUAACAAGCCACUCAAUGGCAACCCAGACAUGGUGUUUGGUACGACCAUCUACCAGAAUCAUGGAGAAUACCCAUGGAGUGGCUACAAGGAGACAGACAGGGGCGUGGCACUUGAUAUCACUUUCCCAACAAUAUUUGGGUCUCACUCCAUCAAGUGGGAGGGAGUGUGGAGGGACCUGAGGGCAUUGUCCAGAACCACUUCAUUCGCAGUUCGGGAACAGGCUGGACAUUCCAUCAAGUCCAGUGUCCAGCACCUGUUUGUUCGGGACAAGAGAGACGACCCUAUUCUGCCAUCCCGGGGCUCGCUGUUGAAACUCACACAGGAAUAUGCUGGUCUGGGAGGAAACGUACAGUUUGCUAAACAAGACGUAGAAUACCAGUUCAACCAGAGUUUAGCCUGGGACACGGUAUUACAAGUUUCUCUUGCUGGAGGCAUUUUGAAGUCCCUUGACCCUAAACAUGAGGUCAAGGUGAACGACCGUUUCUUCCUUGGGGGUCCCCUGACACUGAGAGGCUUCAGUUUGAAGGGGGUGGGGCCACACAGUGAUGGUAACGCUCUGGGAGCAGAUGCCUAUUGGCUGGCGGCCCUCCACAUGUACACCCCACUCCCCUUCCGGCCGGGGAAAGGAGGCUUCGGGGAACUCUUCCGCACCCACUUCUUCAUCAAUGCUGGAAACAUAGGAAAUAUAAGCUUAAACUCAGAUAUUCGUGAAAACUUCUGUCACAUGGCGGAGACAUUUCGGUGGGCAUACGGCGGGGGCAUCGUCUUGCGGAUGGGCCGUGUAGCCAGGAUGGAACUCAAUUAUGUGAUACCUAUGCAAGCACAAAGAGGAGACAGUAUUAAUGCCGGUUUACAAUUUGGUAUUGGGCUCACCUUUUUAUGAUCACCGCCAACCAUAGAGCUGUCACAUCAUUCACUGAUGGAUCAACUUGCCUUUGUGUGUGACGUACUGAGCAUGACAGGAAGUGCCUACAAGUAUGCUGGAAUAUUUCUAAGAUAAUCAACCGGAACCUCAGACAUUUUGUAACUGAAGGAGAAUGUGUUUGUAGUCAAUUAGGAUGUGCAUCUGUACUGUUGUAUAUAACAGAUCAUCUCUUCAUGAUCACUGUCUAUCAUUCUACAUCAUCAAGGUGCUGUGUGGGAUGGAACUGAGAGGACCAUUACUAGUUUUGCGGAGCCAUUACGAUAUUUUGAACCCAAUGCUGGGGGCAGGGGUGGCCCAGUCAUCUAAGGCGACGCAAUUCGUUGUGCAGAGCUGCGUCAUUGGGCACGCCAGAAACCUAUGAUUGUGGGUUCGAAUCCCGGUUCGCCCCGAUUAUGUUUCUAGGU